UAUCAGCGACUCUCAAAGGGAAGGGCAAACGACGACGACGAACGACAACGGCAACGGACGGCGAAUUGUGGGGAGGAUUAUAAAUAGGGCAACGUUUGUCUCCUCCCUCACCUCAUCUCUUUUUAUUUUAACGUCUCCCACACUGGACAACGAGAAGGAUCAGUAUGGACGUUUAUCCACCCAUACCAACGUCGCAGUCUCCACUCAAACUUGUUCUGCGCCCAACACUUCAACGUCAGUGUCUCGUCAUUGGAGGCUCUCGCCUUGCGGCAGCCAUCGUUCGGUCCGUUUUGGCUGCAAAUGCUGUCGUCACACUGGUUUCGCAACGAUUAUGCAAGGAACUCGCCGUCCGGUCGGCCAGAGGAGAAGUAGGAUGGUUGGAAAGACAGUUUGAGGAGAGAGACUUGAUUGAAAAGGAUUUGGUGUUUGUUGUCGAUGAGGAUCCCACAUGCAUUGUAGAGCGUUGCAGGCAGUCCCGGAUAUGGGUGUCUGCAGUUCGACAUCCAGACUUGGGCGAUUUCUCAAUAUCACAUGAACCUGUUUCUGAACAAGACGAUAUUCCAACGCUCUCGGAACCAUCGCAACCGCAAGCACCAUCACGCACUCCCUCACCCGCACCACCAAGACUUCCUGGCAGUCUCACCCUCGUCGGCGCCGGCCCAGGAUCGCCCGACCUCCUUACUCUCAAAGCCCUUACAGCUCUCAAAACAGCCGAUCUCGUCGUCUCGGACCGCCUCGUUUCACCCGCCAUCACCCGCCUCGUUACCUGCCCCAUCCAGUUUGCCCGAAAAGUAUGUGGAAGAGCCCGAGAAGCUCAAGACGAGAUUUACAAAUGGACAUUGAAUGCCGUAAAGGAAGGCAAAAACGUUGUGCGACUCAAGGGAGGCGAUCCAUUUGUGUUUGGACGAGGGGGAGAAGAAGUCUUGUUCUUUAGAAAGUGUGGAGUAGAAUGUGUAGUCGUGCCGGGCAUAUCAUCCAGUUUGGCCGCUCCUCUUUAUGCCGGUAUACCCGUCACGCAUCGCGGCGUGGCUGACCAAGUCGUCAUUGCGACCGGACGCAAAGAGGAUGGGUCGGCGCCCACAUAUCCCCCAUAUCAUCCUCAGCGAACGUCCGUCUUUCUGAUGGCCAUGGGAUGCAUCGACAGAUUGUCGAAGACGCUGGUUAAAGAUUUGGGAUACCCACCUGAAUGUCCUGUGGCAGUCAUUGAGAAGGCAACUUGUGAAGAGCAGCGAGUCGUAAAGGGAACGGUCGAGAGCAUUGCUGGACUAGUAUCUGGUUUGGGUAUAACAAGUCAUGCCACGUUGGUGGUGGGAGGUGUGGUCGAGGCCUUGGCGCCCGAAGAGGACGAAUGGUCUGACGAACGCUCCAGUGUUACAGUGGAUAUGGAUGUAGAUGAUACGUGGAGUUCUGCAACUGUCGUGAACGAUUAAUGGAAUGGUCAUUGGCUCCCUCAACUUGUAGAUUUUGCCCAUUUUAUAUUAUUUAUCUUUAUCUGAAUAUAAAAGCUUAUAUUUUGACCCUCAAAUGAAAGUUCUU